GGUUUGUGUUUUAUAGAAAGACCGAAACUUUUCAUCAAAUUUCAAGCGGAUAGAGAGUCAGUGGCGAUGUCUUGGGCUGGUCCUGAAGAUAUUUAUCUUUCAACCUCACUCGCUAGUUAUCUCGAUAGAAAACUACUUGUGCUCCUUAGAGAUGGUAGAAAGCUAAUGGGAAUACUCCGUUCCUUUGAUCAAUUCGCCAAUGCGGUUCUAGAAGGUGCGUGUGAGAGAGUAAUUGUUGGUGAACAAUACUGUGACAUUCCUUUAGGCCUCUAUGUAAUCCGGGGAGAGAAUGUUGUUUUGAUUGGUGAGCUGGACACGGAGAGAGAAGAGCUUCCUCCACAUAUGAUUCGCGUCUCAGAGGCAGAGAUUAAGAGGGCGCAAAAGGUGGAGAGGGAAGCGAGUGAGCUGAGAGGAACAAUGAGGAAGAGAAUGGAGUUUCUUGACUUUGAUUAAACCAGAUUGUAUCCCCAUUCAUUAUUGGCUUGAUGCUCUGCUUUGGCUCGCAAGUUUUAUGAUGAGCCUUUUUGGUGUGUUGACUUAGGGGAUCGACGCAAGUCUUAUGUUUCAUUUUGGAAGAACAUGACAAAAUAAUCUGUGUACUUGUCUUCGGAUUUAUUUACCUUUUUAAGAGAAAAUAUUUAGCAAUUUCUUUCCCUAUCUUGGAAUUGGGUAUAGAUUGGAUGAUUUCUUACCUUAAUCAAGACCUAAGACUUUA